AUGCUGAAACAGUUGUAUGUGAAUAUCCCGUUCACGGAGGUGCUCACACAGAUGCCAGCCUAUGCAAAAUUCCUAAAGAAAAUCCUCUCAAGCAAAAGGAAGCUCAAGGAAAUGAAAGUGGUCAAACUCAAUGCCCACUGCAGUUCUAUUCUACAAAACAAAUUUCCUGAGAAGUGUGGGGAUCCUCGCAGUUUCACUAUACCUUGCUCGUUGAGUAGCGAAAAUUUUGACAAAGCCUUGUGCAAUUCAGGUGCAUCCAUUAACUUGAUGUCAUUAUCGGUGUUCAAGAAAUUGGAAGGAGAGCUAGGAGUGAUCAAAUAUGUGCCAGUAUCCUUGCAAUUGGCUGAUCAAACCACGAUCAUACCUGAGGGCAUAAUUGAGGACAUCCUGGUAAGGGUAGACAAAUUUAUUUUUCUAGUAGAAUUCAUCGUGGUAAAUGUGGAAGAGAAUAAGGAAGUGCCUCUAAUCCUGGGGAGACUAUUCCUUUAUACUGGCUGGGCUAUUCUUGAUAUAUAUGAGAGGAAACUCAUUCUACGAGUGAGAAACGAAAAAGUGGUGUUUCAAAUGAAGAGAAUGAUGAAAUACCCAUGUGAUGAGGCAUCUGCCUAUGUUUGUCUCAAGCUAGAUGUGGUGGGAGAAUUAGCUGAACAACACAAACUAGAUAAGCUGGUAGGUGACUCACUGGAGCGAUGCAUUAGUCAAUCGAGCACAACAGAGGAUGAAGAUCUUAAGAUCAAAAAGGAAGUUGAGGCGCUGAAAAUGAGAACCAGGUGGUAG